AGAGUGAAUCUGAUGUACUUGAUUGUACAGGAAGUGCGUGACCUAAACUGGUGAUUACGGAAAUAUCUGCUCAGACAGAAUCAAAUAAAUAAAGGAUUAAUAUCGGGUCGGCCACCUGUGUAAUCCCGUAACACUGUCCACAAUGUCCAGGCAAUCCAAUAGAACAACAGACAGCAAGAAAAUGGUGAGCGACUCUCGCGGGAUUAACGUCAGACUAACCGAGCUAGACAACAUGCUAACCGUAGACAGGCAGCUGAACUAACAGCUGGGAACGGAAUUUCUGAGCCUGCAAAGCCGCCUUGGGUGUUGUACAAGCUUUCUUUGCUUCACUGAAAGCAUUUGAAUCAACAGACUAACUGUUUUCGUCAUUGCUGUGUACAAACGGAGUUUAAAGAGAGUGCAGUGCGUUAGCAUGUUAGCUAUGUUGCUAGCCUCAGUAAUCCUGAUGAAUUCACUCUUAAAUUAAAACAAUGUUAAAUACUUACAUUUCUUCAUGCGUAAGAUGGAAAAAUUAGAAGUGUAGUGAUUUAUCACAGCUACCUUAAUGUUCAGUUUUUGUGAAAACAACUGAGUAACUUGUUUAACUCUGGGUCUGUGUACUGUGUGGACAACCACGGGUACUGACUCUACAAUCAAUAACCUACUAAGUGUGUUUCCUUCAGUGGGUGAUUUAAACUUUGGGGAUAUUUUAUUCAGUAUGAGGGGCUGUCCAGGAACCGGGGAGGUAGACUUCCGGUUCCAUGUCGUGGUCCUGUAUCUGUUUACAGGCCACAUGUCCUCAGUUUCACCCCCUGAAUUAUACUUUUGGGGAAUAUGACAAGCAUCUGCCUCUCUAAAAUCAUAACACCUUUAACUUCAGGCUUUCUGGUGAUUAUUUGUGUGUUUUAUACAUGAUUCAGGUUGGUUUGGUGCUUUGCUGUGGAACUCUACAUUAGAAACAGACCACCUGUAAACUAUAAACACCUAGAUAAUCUGACUCAAAACAGUUGAACAGUUCUUGCAAAAACUCAAGUUUUGAAAAGCUUCCUCACUUUUUAGUUUUCGUUGACAUCGUCAGAAAGGUGAUUAUAAUAUGCCCCACCACCCAUGAUGUCUACGAUAAUCCUAUGCGACCAUGUCAACAAAACUGAAAAUGAUUGAUGUAUUUAUUUAUUGAUGAUGAAGAAUGUUCCUGUGAUAGUUUGUGAGUGUCUGUUAUGUUUUCUAGACUUUUGACUUGAAACGAGAUGAUUACAGCACAUAUUUCCAAAGUUACAAGAGCGCAGUACAACUACAGAUAUAAGCUUAAGCACAUUGUAGUAAUGACAGCUUGGUGUUUUGUUUGUUAGAUCUCAAGGAACCCUUUAUCAUGAGAAAAAAAGCCUUUUUGACUUGAGAUAAGAUGAAUUCAGUUAUGAGGGGAAACAAGCUUUUUGAUCCACAUAUAAAAAAAUUAUGCAUAAUAUUUUACUAUUUUGUGUGGUAUAUAGUGUAUAUAAUUGUAUAUUAUCUCUUAAUUUGUACUUAUUUUAUCUAUUAUUUAUCUCCUUUUUCUACUUUAUAAGGGGAUUAUUAAAGUAUUUCUGAUAACAAGGAAAAUAUAUCAAUAUUCUGAUUAAAUAAUCCAGUCACUUGUUAAACUUUUGUUCCAUUUUUUUAAGACUGGCACGAUUAUAUGCAAACUCUAAAGUUGUAUUCUCUUGUUAUGUCGUAGAACUCAGAGCUUUUCACUCUGACCUAUGGAGCGCUGGUCACCCAGCUUUGUAAAGACUACGAGAACGAUGAGGAAGUCAACAAACAGUUGGACAAGAUGUAAGUAUCCCACAACUUUUAUCAAGAGCUGUUCACAUCCAGCUGGAGUGAAUGUGCAUCAAGCUUUGAUGGUAAUAAAGAGUGAGCAUUUAAUUAUUGAUACAAGCAUAGGAGCGUUCAAUAUUCUUACACCAGUCUUCUGUUUAUCGGAAAUGUUUGUUUUCAUCUUACUUUUAUUGUUUCAUAUUUCCCAAUUUGCAAAAAUCUUUAAAGCUAAACCAGGGUGAGGCUAUCCAAUUCUUAAUUGAUAGGGCAACUGGACUUGUUUGAAGUUCUUUAAGACAUUGAGCCUUUUCUCUCAAAAGGCUUCUUUAGUUCUGUGUUGUGCACACGCAGUAGUUACUGUAGUAUGUUAGUAAUUUCAAUAUUACAAUCUCACACCAUUAAAACAGUAAAAGUCCUAAAAAUACAACGCCAUCCCUGUACGAAAGGCAACAUAAUAGGCAGUUGUUUCACUGUUGCAUGAUUUAACCCAGCUCUCUGUGCAUUAAUAAGUGAUACACCCUCUGCACAUAUUGAUUACACUUGGAGUUGCAGUGCUCUCUCUUGCUUGUACAAGUGUGUCUUCUGUAGUUUAACCAAGAGAAGAGUAAUGAUCGUUCUGGCCUCUUUCCCUUUGAUUCAACACAUUCACACUGUUCUGACACAUUCUGCCAGCCUCUCUUUGACACAAACUUUUGCAGAGACAUGACAUAAUCAGCUUUCAUUACCAACACUUCUGUGUCAGAGGUUCCCCCAAGGUCUUGUUAUUUCUUGGCCUGUGAAGACGAGAACACUGUUACAUGAUUUUUUAAAGAGAGGAAAAAUUCUUGGAUGGUGCUGCUGGAUACAGUUCUCCUUUAAAUGAGAUUAAGAAAAAGAAAAGGGCGGGCUUAUAACCUAAAAAAUUCAUAACAUCCUGUCACGCUGACAGGACUUUGGACUGGAUUUACUUUUCUUACCUGGCCUUAGAAGGUAGUGAGUCUGAUGUGCCUACGUUGCCAGUCGCUGGCUAACUGGUCCAAAGCACACCAUGUUUGGACUGGGACGCAUCAGUUGGCGUCAGAGUUGUGGUUAGGAUAAGUCGCCAUGGCUUUCCUAUCAUAAUGUCAGCAUCUGCCAAGUGUGUUGGAACAUUUGGAACCUUCCUUUAUCUCUUUCCCAUCAUUCCUCAUAAGUAUUUUCCCCCCAUCUCUGCCUUUCUCUCAUUUAUAGGGGUUACAACAUUGGAGUUCGUCUGAUAGAGGACUUCCUGGCGCGCUCCAGCAUUGGCAGGUGUCAGGAUUUCCGAGAAACAGCGGAUGUCAUUGCUAAGGUAAUUGGAAAGGUCCAGGCCAAUCAGAGCAUGACCGUGGACUCCUUCCAAGAUAGAGGCAGGAACAAGAAGGCAGAGGGAUGACAGGAAAAGACAGAUUAGAAAGAAGGACUGAUGAAACACCCUAAUCAUUGAUGAGGGUCAGAUGAGAAAGGAGGGGAAAAUUUGUGAUUGCAACUCAGUCCAAGCGUGCAUCCUUUAGAAAUAGAGUAAUCAUGUCCUUAACAGAGGUGAUCCACACUCUGUGGUCUGUGUCAGGUAACCAUAGCCUAAAGUCUUAAUAUGUAUCCCGGCUUUACCUGACUGUGUUAAGCACCCCAGUUGUGACUGCUGCUCACUGUUGGAGUCGUUCUACUGAUGUAACCCUACACUAGCUCUGGGACCUGGCUCCUGGUCAUAUAAAGAAGGAUCAUGUCUGUAAGCGGAGGAUCACUAUGGGACAGCGGUUUUGGAAGGCUCACAGAUAGCCUUGCCUGAGGAUAUCGCAUGACCUCUAGCCAAACCUCCUCAGUCAUUUGUAGGUUAAAUAUAAACAGAGGCUGUCUGUUCUAGGUUCAGAAACAAUUCUUCUAACUCCUUUAUCAAUUUUCACAUAAAAAAAAAAUCAAAAUCCACCCUGCGCCUGUGAAUAUUUUCAUUGGCGUGACUACAAUUCCACUAUCUUGAAAGAGCUAUGCGUGCGUGAGAAAGCAUGCAGCCCUCUUGUGACAAGUCAAAGGGACAAAGUUCAGCUGAGGAGAGGACGCAACAGAGAGCAGGUGUGUAGAUAGAUAGAUAGAUAGAUAGAUAGAUAGAUAGAUAGAUAGAUAAUCUGGUAAUAAUCAAAUGUUUGCUUGUAGAAACGCAAUUUUGAUAAUAAAAUUGACAGGAUCGGAGCUGUGGGAACGGGGCAGAUAAAGUCAUAGGGUCAGGUGUGUCAGUUUUACUUAAUUCUGCUGGUUUCAUAAUACGUGUUAGGUUACAUAAAUAAGCACUGAGUACAUGAUGAAUGGUUAUAAUAAUGAAAAACGACUUCUAUAAACAUGAUUGUGUGCAAAUUUGCAGAUAAUAUCAGACCUGCCAACAUGUACGCAUUUUGACCUCCUAGUACGCUUGUACGAUUCCAUGUUCAUGUAUUGUUUGAUCUCGACUUGUAACUGAAGAUCUGCGCCAGUGAGCCAUACAGAUCUGCGCGUAAGCUGUGUGCUUUUGGCCAAUCAGAACGCUUUAUUUUCACUCAAGCACCUGUCCCAUCUCGUCGGGCUUUGCGCCUCAGUUUAUUUCAACGCUGUAGGCUUGCGUGGCAGAAAUGGCAGAACUGCCCGAAAAAAGCUUCGGAAACAGCAAAAGUUUCUCGACAGCUACUGAAAGAGAUGGCCUUGUCUCCGCGCGCCCAGGCUGCCUCAUCAUGCUUUCUGCGCCAUAUGCAAGACGGACAUCGACGUUAGUCACCAAGAGCAACAGGUAAUGGAGUUGUGUUCGCUCGUCAAGCUAUGAAUGGUGGCUCGCAUGGUAGCUUCCUAUGUGGUAACACAGCCAAUAAAUUUUUUCAAAUGUGCUACAUAAACAUGCAACAUCUGAAUUAUACCUCUCCCUUCACCCAAAUAAUUAUAUGAAAGGAAGUAUUUUAAGCCUUAAUGGUGGUUCCUGUGGGGUUAUUGGGGGGUUAUUGUCAAACCUGGCAUUGCAGCCCACAUACCGUGUGGCAUUGUUUACAACACUUGACUGAAGCGCACAUUAGCAGGCAGGCAACGUUAGCUCUGCUAGCCAGUGUGAAACACAAAAUGGACCGUUUUUUUUUUUUAUAAAAAAGGUAGAGAAACAAGCUCAAAAACCAGAUGGACAGACACACAGUGUUGUAACAAAAAGUGGAGUGGAUGAAGAAAAUGAGUUUGAGGAAGCAGCAAACAAAAGUUAGCACGAAGACACCGGAGAGGGGACGAGCAGGUGAACAGAAUUUGUGAAUAAGAAUUAUUUGAAAAAAAAAAUGCAGUGUUGCUGUAAUUAUUUCAGUGGUGGGUUGACAGUGGGGAUCGCCCUUAGGUUUGGGGGUGGGUUGGGUAGUACUCAUAAAAAAUUUUCAAAGUUGGCAGGUCUGUAACAUUACGUUGUCUUUUGACUAUAUUUUGAUCGGAGCCACUAUAAGGAUUGGAACCCACUCAAAGCCUACUGCCACAAUGUCACCAAAAGCUUUGAUUCACCUAAAGGGGUGGAAGAUUUCACCCGUGUUUUUUCAAAAUAUAAUAGCACUCUGUUUUCUCUCCUACCCACCUCCUCGUUGUCAUUCUGUGGCUGCCGUUAGGUUGCAUUUAAGAUGUACCUGGGAAUCACUCCGAGUGUGACUAACUGGAGCCCAGCGGGAGAUGAAUUCUCCCUCAUUCUUGAAAACAACCCGCUUGUAGACUUUGUCGAGUUGCCUGAUAACCACAGCACACUGAUCUACUCCAACCUACUGUGUGGUGUCCUCAGAGGAGCCCUGGAGAUGGUAAGGUCAACUUCCAAGUUUAGGAGGAAAUCCAGGAUCAAUUUUGAAUUUGUUGAACAUGCAUAUUGCUCAAGUCUAAUUGCACUAAUAUAAAAGAAAUCACAACACACUUUAUAUUUCUUCAAAUAUAUGUUGAACUAGAUUAAUUGAUGUUUACUGUGUUAAGAAAUGUGACUUGUAAUGCUUCUGUUUUAGGUCCAGAUGGCUGUGGAUGUGAAAUUUGCUCAGGACACUCUUAGAGGGGACAAUGUGACAGAAAUCCGCAUGAAGUUUAUCAAAAGAAUUGAAGAAAACCUCCCUGCAGGGGAUGAGUGAAAAACAAAAAAAAGCAUUCCUCCUCUAUUCAAGUCUCAUUUAGGGAGAACACCUUCACACUUUGACUGAAAGGAUGAAUCAGCUAAACUCCAGACACCAUGAAGAGGGGUGUAUUUCAACAGACUAACGGAUGGAUGGAUGGAUGGAUGGAUGGAUGGAUGGAUGGAUUCGCUCUUCUUGCAAUGCACUUGUCUGACAUUGUAUAAUACUCUCCUUGUUUUCCAGAUGAACAAGAAGAGACUUGAGAUUUCCAAAGUUUAAAAAGAAAUCCUGUAUACUAUUAAGAUCACAAAUGGUUCUGAUUGCAGGUUUGUGUUUGAUUGACAGUUGUCGCUGUAAACAAGAGCAGAAUUUGUCUUUACUUGAUGAUGUAAAAAGAGAUUGUUUUCCUUUGGCUGUGUAUAAAACUGUUCAUUUUUGUGUUAAGGCUGGAAAACCUUACAAUGUCAUCUUUUUUAUGUUUUUUUUGUUUGUUUUUGUUAAAGAAAUCACUCUAUAUCGCUGCCACGUAUGGCAUGUUAAUUUAUGUAUGUAGAUGCAUAUGUCAAAUAAAGGUGACAUAGUUAAUAUGAAGCUUUUCCAUACGAAUGUAAGACUGAAGACGCUGCCUGGACACACACACACACACACACACAGUGCCCUCUAUGCUACCUUGUCAACUCUGCUUCAGUGCCCUAUUGGAGCGUUAGUCCUUUUGAUUACCGCAACCGCUCUGCAAAGGCAAACAAUAACAAACCUAAUGCCUCUCUUAUGUUUGUUCAGGCAACAUGGAAGUAAUCUGCAUGCUUGUGGCUGAGUGUGUGUGUGCAAAAAAAUAAAAACCACCAGUGGUUGGUUCUGGUUAUCACACCUGUGAAUGGUUUAACGCAGAAGUAACAAACAGAACCUCUCAUUUAGACCCUUGCACACCUCGUCAAUAACUGAAAACACAGGUAGCCAUUCACAAGCACAUGCACACACACGUGCACUCACACACAUAUCAAACCCAGGUCUUUCUUUAGAAGUAAAAAUCUGGUCUGGAUACCACAAAAACAUUAGCAAUGUUUUUCUUAUUCUUGGUCUUCUUUUUGUGUGUGCGUGUGUGUUAUUGUGUAACCCAACAAUAACAUUUGUACCAAACUCAAAAGUCUGCUGAAAGCACUUUAGAGGUUGAGAUCUUAAGAUAGGGAUUUCCUUUUGAAAAAUCUGUCAGCUAUUAGCUGCUGGAAACCUCAAGGCUCUACACAUCCUAUUUUAUAGCAAGAACUCAUUUCUGCCCAUAGAGUUGUAAAUCCUCAGCUGCUUGAGGUCAAGUUCUCUUAAACGCCACCAGAGGUUGCUGUGUACAUUGAGUUCCUCUGCUGUGUGCAGGAUUGCUCCUAGAGUAUGGCUUAGCUAAGGUAGUUUAGCAUUUUUUGGCCAAAGAUGGGUACUGUGGGGGAAAUACAUUCCCUUAUUUGUGGGAGUUAAGGCUAGAGCUGCCAGAAAACAUAAAUAAAAGGAUUGUUUUAAGAUUAGGUGCAUGGGAAGAGCUAAGAACUUCAGUGGUUGAGCAGAGUAGCCUCUGCCAGUAUGUUUUCAGCCUUGAUUUGGCCAGAGAUUAGACAAACGAUGACAACACGCAUGCUUUGUACGGUAUAAUCCCUGGGAAAGAUGUAUGACGAUGGGAUUUUUGGUAUUAUUUACUGUCGUAAGCCCCUGCCGACUUCUGUCUGGGGCAGUGCUCAUUUAGAAGGAUGAAGAGUGGAAAGUGGAAGCAACCCGACAGCCAUCGGCGUGCAAUAAGCCUGGCGAGCCAUUAGUUUAGCUCUCAACACAUUACGUGCACAUAUCUAUGCACCCUGUAGGCCUGUGAUGUGUAUGUUGGAUGGGAGGGGGCAGGAAAUAGUUUUUGUGCAGAAGCUCAAUGUAAAUGACUUGGCAGAAUUAGAGCUUUGUACCUGGGGGAUGGAUAGACAGCUGGGUUUGUGUAUUUGUGAAAACCUCUAUUACUCUGCCAUAUGCUUGGAGGAAUUUGACUUGACAAACACACACAUAUACACACACAUACUCAUACAGUGCAUGCGGCCUAAAGUGGGGAUGAAUUUAUAACCAGCACUGUACUCACAAAUAGGCGUUAAUACACACUGGGGAAACCUUGUCCAAACACACAAAAGGCCAUUUUGUCUCUCCCAGCAUUUCCACUAGUAUGUGUUUUAAAAGUUUUUUGUUGAGUCCUUUGACAGUUUUUUUUUUCAACACUGCAUUCAGACUAAAAUUGUACCAAUCACUACGAUAUGACUUCACCCUUCAUAGCUCGUACAUCUGUGUUUUCGAUUUCUUUAAAAGAGUGCAGAUGUUGUAGCAGAAUGAAAACAAGGAGAAAAAAAUAAGUUGUUGUUGAGGUACUUAGGACUGAAAACCAUGAAGAAGUGCUUCAGACAUGCUGCAUUUUAUGGAUUUAACAUGUUAUUGUGUUUUCAUUGGUAUCAUUUCUUUCACUUUCCCAUAUUUUUCAGAAAACUUUAUUAGGACAGUCCUGGAAAACAAGUAGCAAAUGUUACGGGCCCUAGACAACGUGCGCCGAUCUGCUUUGAGCCAACUAAACGUUUCCAUGUGGCCUUUAUGGGAAACAAAUGGUGAAAGGCACGCUGUGACAGUAAAGCCCAGUGCACAGACUGGUAUUGACCUGCGCUUAUUGAAUACUACAUCCCUUUCUUCUACCCUCUCUCCAUCCUAUUUGAUCUCGAUUUUUGUUUUCUCAGCUCCUGUCAUCCGAUUAUUCUGCCUCUUUCUACAUUUUCUUGGUGCUGCUCAUGCUUAGCUGGUGUAUUUAAGGAAACUUCGCAGUCUCCAAAACAAAAAGAGAAUUUGUCAGAGUCAGCUUAUUUGGAAUAUCUCACAUCUAAUGGGAAAGUUGCUCUUAGUGCUGACUGGAGAUAUUACCCAUGAUUUCCAGAGGUUUCCAGGGGUUGUGUUUUGUGUCUGGACAUUGGAGAGAGCUGACAUGACACCAGGUAGACAUGAGAAAAUGCAGUGAGUCAGCAAACAUGUGUGCUCAUGCUAAAAAUCCCAGACAGACUGAAUAGUGUUCCAAGGUAGCGUAGCAGUGGGAAGGAGUGGUUGAUUUAAUAAGUGUGUCUCUGGUGUGCACCUAAAAAGAUGCUCUCAUGAACUUAAGAGCUGCUGUUACAUAAUUCACAUGCUCUACACUUGUCGACAAAAGCACAUCCUGGUGAAAGUGUGAAUUUGGUGGUUUGAGGGGAUGUUCGUUAGGGAUUUUAUGUUCAUAAACACCAGAGUAAAUAAGCGUGGAUGUGGUUUUCAGGGGUAAUUAUGACUUGAUUUGUUACACAGUCACAGUAUGUACCCAGUGAAAUCUGCUACAGCAUCUGCAAGCCAUUUGGAAUAUGAAUCAUCACCCACUUCCAGACAAACUGUUUAGCACUUCCUAUAAAUCUAAUAACUCAUGCUUUGCUCAACAAUUCAGCAAGGACUGUGCAUCCAAUAGGAAGAUAGUAUUGUUCAGACCUCCUUUAGUUAUGUUUGGGUCAUCAGGAGUGUUGGCAGGAAGGGUGAAACAAGACACAAAUUUCCUGAAAAACACCCCCAACAUUUUAUAUUAAAGCAUGGAUGAUAUCCAGCGUAUCACAUACAGUAAAUCCAAAGUAACAAGAGAAUUGAGUAAACAGAAAAUCUCUGCAGUAAGAGGACAUGCAGGGUUGAAGUGCAUCCAAAGCUUGCUCUCUUUUCUGUAUCACAGUGACCUGGCAGGUUUUGCAAGGGUUUCAACCAGGGCCCUGGACGCAGUCGAGCCAUUUAAUGCCUUGUUUUUAGUUUUUCCUCCCCCUUUUUCUUCAAGGCUUUUUGGAUGGGAGCUGCUAAGCUGCCUUUGCUCUGCUUCCAAUUUCCUCUUGCUCUUUUGUUCUUCCUCUUUUCUCCAAAAUCUGAUGAAGAGGAGUUUUUAGACGUUUCUGAUGAUACAGUUUUUACCCGUUCCAGAUCCUUUUUAUCUUUGUGCCUCAUUUUCCCAUAGUACACUCAACUUUUUGUUUUGUUUUUCUCUCUCCUUUCUCCUUCCCUUUUUCUUGACCUCGCAGCCGUUCGAGCUGGAGUUUAUGUAACAGCGUCAGAACUUUCCAGCUUGGAACAGCCUCGCUUGAAGAUGGAACAGGGAGAAUGAGUGGAGGCGAAAGAAAAAAGAGGUGUCAUGUAAUAACACUCUGGCUUUUCCUUCAGGCUAAACAGCACCUCACCUGAGACUUUCUUAUUCCAAGGUCUUGUCUUACAAAUGCACUCAUGUAAACAUAUAUCUUUAUCGAUCAACCAAGCAUUGGAAACAUAUUAAAACCAAAUGAAAAGCAAGAAUGUGAAAGUCCUGGUUUCCCCUGGAAUCAAAUCAAACCAUUCUUCCCUCCCAAAGCACAGGGCUGCCUAAAGGCUGCAAACCAGCUGCACCAGACCAUUCUGCCAUGCCAAGCAUGAACCUACCAUGUGUGUGUCUGUCACAUUUUAGUCUUUCAGUGACAAAACAACUACUUCUGAUACUUCACAUCUAGCUAUCCUUUAAAUCAUGACCUCAAAACUAGUGACAGCACAAAUCUAGACACAGGCUCAAAGGCUUUAUGACUUCAGUGAGUCGUUUAUUAUCUACCUACUGCAAGCUCUUUUCCCAUCGGUCUGUGAUUAUAAGGGGUCUGGAUGUCCUGUUAUCUAGGCCAGACAUUCAGAACAGUGAGUAUGACUUUCCAUAUAAAACACCUGUCAAACCAGAAAUAAAAUCUGACUAGGAUCUGACAAGUGGACUGGGCGGUAUGAGCUGUGUUGAGUUGUAGGUAUGUGACAGUGCAUGUUGAGCUCCAUUUGACCGUCAUGCAAAUAUUUCAAUUAUGAAAUAGAGACAAGGCUUCGAAAAUACAUCCAAGAAAUAAUGACUCAUGUUUUUAGUUUUGGUCAAAGAUGCAUUGGAUAAAAUUUUGAUUAAAGCUACACUUUGCUGGGAUGCUAGAUUAAAAGUCACGGGAACACCAAAUUGAUCACUUAUCCAGUGGGAAACAGAAAAAUUCUGCGACGUGUCUGAUAGAUCUUUGCCCAAGAGUGCAAAUACCAACCUGCAGAUGGUGCAAUAGGUCAACUCUCAUUAGAAUAAAUCAUUUAGGACAAAUUCCAGCAGAUUUUUAGGUCACUUUAUUAACUUGUAGUAUUUUACUGGUCACUGAUUCAGCCACUGGUGGUUUUGUGAAAGUCCGGGUGUCACCAGAGUUUCUUAGGCUUUCAUCCUCUGAGGGCAAUAGUUUGUCCUGUCAUGAACCUAGUCUCUGUUGGAGAACAUCCAAUCCUGUAAUGCUCUUCUUUUACCACCUCCAUUGGCAGAUCAGUGUCCUACAUUCAGCUUGAGACCGACCAAAGCACACUGCCUCUCUACUUGAACUGAAGUUCCUGUGCUUGUUCCAUCUGGUCAGAUAGCAGGCUGAUGCUACUUGCAUAGUACAGGUGUGUUAGGACUACUGCAAGGAAUCACCUGAUCUGUCUUUCUGUUUAGUGAGGCCAACUUCCUGCUCCUGCCCACUUAGGGGCCUAGUCCAAUGCUUUUUGAAAAGGAAGGGUUGAGCGUGUCCCCUUGCAACACCUCUGCCUGGACUUCGUCACAAAUGUCAUCUGGGGUCACAGCUCUGCUCUUGUACGUGGACCCCAAAACUUGAAGUUGGGAAGAACAACAGAAAUCUCAUCAUUAUACCCCAGAGUGUGAAAUCAGGGCCUUUUUGUAAUCAACAAAAAUAAUUAAAGACUCGACUGCAGUCAGGUUGUUCCUGAUCAGGAUUCUUGAUUAAUUCCGUCAAUUUACUUCUGAAAGCCAGGACCUGGAUUUUGCUUUUCCUUUUCUUUUAAAGUCACUAUUGUGUUCUCAGGAUUUAUUGAAAAAAAUCAGCUCGUGACAUUCAGCUCCUCUGGUUGGGCUCUGGGAUCAAUAAGGUGGCUCUGAUGGAAACAACUUGAUGAUCAGAGCUCAUGGAGCCAAAGGUCUUGCCAGGUUCUGCUUUUACUUCAGAAUUAUUUGACAUGUGCAUUACGUAGUCCAGCUGCAUUAACUAUCCAGUUGUUCAAUCAUGAAUGGCUCACCUCUGAGCCAGUGUUUUCUGCCUGUGGCUUAUGUUCAAUGAGUUGGGUAAUGAAACGACAUGGUCUGUUUGUGCUUGAUGAUGUGAUAUUUGAAGGUGGAAUCUUCCGUCUCAAAGUGGACAUUUGCUAGGGGCUUUUGACACCUUUAUUGCCACUGGUCCAAAUUUUACUAGCCCAGAUGCCAUAAAAUGAAAACAGCUCUUUUUCUGUGCUUAUCAUGAUUUAUUACGCAUUUUUCUUUACAAUAUAUUCAACACAUUCAACACUUGAUAAGCUCAAGUUCACUGUAAGGUCCUUUGUUCUGUUUGCUUGAGCCACCUGUUAGUUCUGGACCUAAACCUACCAUUGCCACAUCAUGCGACAUUCACACCUGUCUUGUUCUGAACAGCAGAAAUCUUCUCAUAUGUGUGUUUAAUGGCAGCUUGCUCUAACAGUGUGGUAAACCGUGAUGAAAACCAUCCUCAUCUCCAAUAAUCCAAGCCCAGUAAAACAUUUAAUCUCAAAUCUGCAAAGGCCAUAUGUUUUUGCUCAACAGUCCAUUUUACCAUGGAAGAGCAGGAUCUGGAUACUUCUUUCCAAGGUAAACAACUUUGUGAUACUAAUUCUUGCUCUCUAAAUGAUCCAGAUUAUUUGUCUCUGGUAGAAUCAGCUCUUUCUGCUCCCGAAGUUCAUAUACAACAGUUGGCUUUCAGAACCAAGUCUUCACUUACACAUAGAACCUUUGUGUAGAUGUCUGCUGCCACAGUGCUGCAUUCUUUCAGUGAUAGAUAAUUUCACAUUAGACGUUCAUCUGAAACAAACACCCUUUGAUUAACAGCUGAUGGAUUAAUGGACGUGUGCAAAGACCUGUGAGCAAGUCUCAGAUUCGGGUUGGCAGUCACUGGUUCAAGAGGGCCUCUGAUAAGCCAAUGAACUUGCUCUGCAUAAAUGUCUAUUGGCACAGGCCAUGGCACCAUGACCCUGUAGUGUGUUACUAGAGGCUGGUAAAAAUAUUAUAGAUUUGUCCUUGUUAAUUAGCCUGUUGAGGCUUAUGCUGUGUUUUAACCUUUUCUUUUUUUAUUAAUGGCAAAACCAAGAUAGUAAAAGUCAGUAAAAUAGUAAACUUUAUUAUGUAAAGCAUAUUUCCCCAAUAUUACUGGAUAUAAUACUGGAUAAUGCUACUGGAGUGUUAGAGGGUCGGUUUGGCCAACUUUAAAGUCUUCAAAGUGUUUCUAUUCCUGCCAGGUUCAAGACCUCUUUUUCAUCUGCCGGGCAGAGAUAAAAAAAAAUCCUCAGGGUGAUGAGAGAUUUAUGUAAUGGCCAUAUUUGUUGGAAAGCUCAAGCUGCAAGAACAGACCUUCCUGGUGGAAAAAAAUGUAAAUCCAAGUUCAAUUAAGAUCAGACACAGUACAUCUGAAAUCGCCUCUGAAAGAUGUAGAGCUCAUAUUUUUAGUAAAACAGUAGCAGUCUGUUUCAGCCAUUUUACUGCCUGUUGUAGAUGUCCCAUGCAUGCAGCUGUAUGACAUUACGACAUGUAAGGUGAUGGGAAACAUGCACCCGCUAGAUGUAACACAGUUUUACUUAUUCUUAUAGUGAGGAAUUUUGAGUAGCCUAUAAACACAAAAGAGAAGGCCUUCAUUUUAGGAGAAGGUUAAACUGAAUUUUGAAUGCAUUACAGUGUGUGCAUUAGUAUAAAUCUUUGUGUAUUGAUUGUCCUUCAAAUACAGCUCAUGCAUACAGAAAUACUUGUGUUUAUUCUCAACAGGCAAUGUUCGUGCUGAAAGUUCAACUUUUUCCUUUCCGGUUUCCUUGCUCAUGUCAUUCAACAAUGCAACCGCUGUGCCAAAAGUUACUCUUAAUUUAAUGGCCUUGACAACCUGACGUUACUGUCUGUAUACGUACAUGACGAAUUUCACAUGAGUACUUAUGUGCAUCUGCCUCACCUGUGUGCCUCCCUCUGUGAUUUUGUUACUUAUUCAAUGUGGAGGUGUUGAAAGCACUCUCUGCGGGCCUCAUAACGCACAAACCUUUUUCCAAUUAGCCGGCCAGGUUUGACUCAGUGGUGCUUGGAUCUACUGUAAAUCUGACCCAGACAAAAACACCCACUGGGUCCUGCUCCAAGGGGACAGAUUGAGAGAGGAAGAGGGAGGAAGCUGUCAAAAGCUGUGUAGCAUUUUGUCGGAUGGUUUCCGGGCCUCUCAUGCUGCAGGUCAGUGUCUGGCCCUCUGACUGUCAGCAUCCACAUCAGUUAGCCAGUUAUAGACAGUCAUAUGGUUUCAUGCAGGACAAAAUUAAAAAAGCCGUUUUGGUCUCUGUGGCCAUGUUACAACCACACACGUGUACAUCUGCAGCCACAAACAGCACCACAUGCAAAUAUUUAAUAUUGCCUCUGAAGAAUGAUUGGACUAGAGGCAAACCUCAUGUCAGCAGAGUGGCCUCUUGUUUUUUUUGGUAAACAGCAGGAAGCUGAUUGUCACCAAGUGAGCUCUCUUUUUGUUUGUUUGUGUUUCCAGCCACUGUCAUCUGAGCACGCUGCGGUUUAUGUUUCACAGUAACUAUGAAGCCUUUUUUAUUGGUAAUAUGUUGUGAGACCAUGUAAUUAUUUCCUAUCCUCCCCUUGUAUUCUAUGAAAGCGUUUCUGUGAUUCAGAAAUUCAACCAUAAUUAGUUAAACCAUAAUUGUAUUUCAAAAAACAAAGGAAAGUGAAAGAUAAUAACUGAAAACAUUCUGUUUUCAGAAUACCACAUUUGGUUUCUUUUGCACUUGGUAUGCAGAAUGCACCACUGAGACAUUUUCAGUGGACAGAAAAGCCAACUAAGCUGAGUGAAUGAGACCUGGACAUCCUCUGAGAUGUGCUUUGGAAAACAAAGGCAUGACUCAGACUGUAAAAGAGCUUCCAAAAGUCAUUUAUUUUUCUCUAUUUGCUUUUGUCUUUCUGUUGUCCGUCUCUGUUUUUGUUGCCUAUUGGCAGGUAUGAAUGCAUGCAAACGUAUGAUGAUGUGAGGAGAAUGAGGAAACAUGUUUGCCAAGGUGAAAGAGUGACGACACUCUCUUUUGAGCAGAACGUGCGUCUGGGACAAGUAAACAGUUCAUGUAUUCUUCCAUUAAGUACUUAGUCUAAAAUGUUCCCCCAUAUUAAAAAAAAGCCCAAUUCUGCCCUGAAUAAGAACUUUAAACACAUACAACAUGGUUGGUGAGUCACUUUGUCUAGUAACUAAGUACUUUAAAGAUGCAGUAACUCAGUUACUUUAUGGUAGUAGUAGGGCUAGGCGAUAUGGGAAUAGUUUAUCAUGAUUUUUUUUUUCAUAUCAAUCAGUACAUCAAUCCAUGCGCAGGUGCCAUGGGCUCCUUGCUCUGCCUGGGGUUUGUAAACUUUUGCAUUGCGCAUGCUUUGCUGCGUGGCACUGCUUCGGGUAGUGAAAAAGAUUUGACGUAUUCCCUGACAUUGUGAGACCAUAUACUCGACAUAAUUUGCAGUACACAUUACUCUGCUUCAUGUCCAACCUCAAAAAAACAAAACACCUCCACACCACCAACGUUUUUGUGCCAGUGUUGUUAUAAUUAAUUUUUCGAUAUAUAUCGUUAUCGUUUUAUCACCCAGCCCUACGUAGUAGCAAUCACUAUUACAUGUUCCUUAGUUUAAGUUACUUGUCCUUUUGUUACUUGACUUUUGCAUAACUUUUAAAGAUUGAUUCAUAUUGUAUAGUUUAAUAGUUGUUUUAAAAGUUAAUGUCUGUGCUGCAGCUGGUACGAAACUCUAAAGGUCAAGGAGGAGUCAUAAACUCUAUAGUUUGAAACAAUGGGAUGCGUUGAACCCAGACUUCUGUUUGAACACUAAACUUACUCUAACACCUCAGGCCAGAGGCACCAGCCACCAUGAUGGUGACACCUCUCCCAUGAAUGCACGAGCCGCUGGAGUGGACCUGGUAAUGGAAGCUCAAAGAGUGGACUGUUCAGACACACAACCCCCCCAUUCACGCUCAGCUCCGGUGCUGCACGGUCUGGUUCAACUUUACAACAUCAAGAGGGGGUGUCUUAAAAACAUGCCCUGUCACUACUUAACCUCCAAAAUAUGUCACAGAAGUACACACCUGCCUAUGGCUCACCAAACUUAAACACAUGCUCAGGGGGAUGUAGGGCCAUGGGUUGGGUGGGCUAUAUCUGACAUCGUAUGACAUGACAUCAUCAGGCUCGGUGAUGGAGUGCUGUGUCAUGCUUUGUUUGGUUUUCCAGCACAAACCACUUAAGCAGUAACGUCAGCUGUAGGAAAACUUGUAAGGGGGAGGAUCCAACAAACACCGGUGAGCGUUGAAAGUGUGAAAAAACAAAAAACAGACGCAUAGGAGGGAAAAUUGUUAAGAAGAAAUUCACUUUUGGACAGCAGAGUGACACUCCCUUCACACCCUCAUCUCAACCAGUACGCACUAUAAUACCAACAUUGUGAUGUACAUAGCUUAUGAUUUCAAGCAUCUUGGUGGUCUGGUUUACUAUUUUGGUUGUAAUCAUAGUCUAAUAACCAGGUAAACUACACUCAAUGAAGCCUUAAAGAAAACAUGUACCUACUUAGACUCUCAGGAAUCAUAGAUUUAGUUUUGGUUUGGGGAGGUUGAACCAGUGAUCAUUUUUUUGACCGCGGCUUAGUACAUUUUCUGUACAAUAAAAAGAAAUGGGAAUAUCUGAUUGGGCCCAACCACCAAUAUUUAUAGCUACCAUGAAAACAGUAGAAUGAUUGUGGUCAGUGGUUUAAGGUGUGGAAGCUGGAAUCAGCAAGGAAAGAAUGACAAGUGCAAAAUGAAGGAGUCCGUGACAUGUGAGUCAUUCAUUAGCACCUCUUUAUGGAGUUGUGUACCUCAGUUUUUAGAAGGUACACUGCAUCUAAAAAUAGGAAAUGUUUGGAAAACUGCAUCUCAUAUUUCCAUUUUCACAUACGACACUUACGUCAAGUGUGAAAUAGGUUUUUAACAAAAAUAGAGGUGGUGUAAUGUUUUUGAAUACACAUCGCACCACCACCAGACCCGCCCUUGCUGCUUGUGUUUUUUAGGCCAAGUAGGCCGCUCACACUUAAACAGCAGCUCUAUGGAAAAUCAGUUAUUUUUAAAUCCUUCAAAAGCUUGGUUUUUACUAAGCUGUUUUUGUACAUUGUGCGCAUAUUCAUUACAAAUACAAUUUAUACAUUUGAUUAAAGUCAGUCGGAAACAUACAUUUUCUGUACCCUGACAGGGAUGUCUCAAUGGCAGGAUAUGACAUCUGACAGUAACAGCGUUUCCUGUCCAUUGACUCUGGGUGUCUGGGUGUGAGUUGGGAGGAGUGUCUUUCCCGCUUCAGCUGACAGAUGAGGGCACUGUACGAAAGGCAAGUGGAAGGAGUCUGUUUGACUUCUCUGUUGGGCAUAGGAAAUGUGAAUCAUCAUCUGGGGCCAAAUCAGGCCGGGUCAGACUGUGUGUGUCUUUUGCACCAGAGUUUGGCUUCGUUUGGUCCAAACUCAAGACCAUGAUUUUCUCAACCAGUCAGCAAAAGUCAAAGAAGUCGCCACACCUAUGGGUGGUAUGAAAAUCCCACAUUCAAAGAUAAGAGGCAGGAUGUGAUUUGUGGGCCUUAGUUAGUUUCUGAGGCAUGUGUUGUUAGUUCCAAGAUGUUGCAGUUUUGACCUCUCUCUGAUUCAGUCUCAUAAAUUAACAGCAGAAAAUCUAUCCCAAUAUAGACUCCGACUUAAUUCUACCAAUAACAAAUCAGUUGUAAUAAUAAUUGAAAAUAUGCAUCACUGUGCAGUUUCUGUGUUAGAGUCUGUCCAUAUGACCUGAGUGUCCAGAUUGUUUUUUCUUUACAAGCUUUGGUGAACACAGAUUUGUUACAGAGACUCCCAGAAGUAAUUAUGCGGUCAGUGGUGCAAGAUGAUUGGCUCAAUUAUCCCUGUCUGGAUUAUUGGGGGCAAACAGAGCUGUCCUGCAGAGUCAGGGAACAACGGUGGUCCUACUGUAAGCCGGUUUUGUGUGAAACUGGAGCCAUUCUGUGUUGUCAAAGAUUUCGGGCUAAAGCUGAGAUGAUGAGAUACGUGAGAAGAGGUUUAAAAAAAUUUGGCCAAAUUGUUGAAUAGAGUUGUCACGAGUGCUAAAUGGGAGAUUAAUUUGAAGGGUUAAUUUUGAUGAGGUUUAGCCUCUGCACAUGUAAUUGAAAUGAGAGCAAGUAUCCAUUUAGCAAAUCCAAAGCAGUUUGGCCUAAUCCACAGUUUUCUUCUCUUAAUCAUGUAAUGACAUCUUCAGUGCAUCCAGCUCUCCCUCCGCAUAAUUUCCCUUUAUGGUAUUAUGGUUUCAAGUAAUAAUUCCAAUUUACCUCCAUACUGCAUAAAUCUCUUUCACUGGUCUUUAACACAGGCUUAACACUGCAUAGCAGGCCCAGCCCAUAUGCACUUUCCUUCAUAAACCUCUCGAUCCUAUUUCCCAGACUAUUAUGCUUGCAUAUUUCAAUCGGCAUGGAGCACAAGUGAGGGGUGGAGGAGGAAAGGGGGAGAGGGAAGGGGGAGAGGGGAGGAAUGAAUAACACAAGGAGGUCAGCGAGAGAGACAUUUCUUUCUUUCACACCAUGUGUUACUGUAAGAUAUUCAUUUCCUCUGCAAUUCCUCUCUCUCCCUCCAGCCCUUUGUUUUUCUUCUCCAUCACUGUCAGUGUGCACUGGCUGAGGUAGUCCAGGUUGCAUUGAGUCCACUGGAUCCUGUCUCUUUUUUGGAUCCAUGCUUCCAAAUCGGUUUCCCAAAUUGGGAACCGUGCAAAAUGCAGCUGUGGUAACCUGAGAGCUUUCUGUUGUAGGUUUUAGCUGCCAAAGUCCAUUAACAAUGAGCAUGUUUGACAUCUGAGAGUGGUUUUCUGAUUGAACCAAAGGAACAAAUUUAUUUAUCAAACAGGAUAGAGAAUUGUUCGCUUCAUAUGGGAUUCCUGGUCAGGCAUGGUCGGCAGGAGCACUAUCAAACAGGGCUGUCUUUUACAAACCAGAGAUAUGUCAGUUAUAAAUGUCAUACAGCAGGUUUAUCCAGAGAAUUUGUAUAAAGCUGGGUAAAUGAGGCCCUCUCUAAUUUGGUCCCCUUCUUUUUCUAUUUCACUAUUUCUCGCUGUCCUGCACUGCCUCUCCACUAUGCUUGACAUUAUUAUUUAACAGUGCAGUAUGGCUUUGAGUUAAGAAGUUCUCAUCAUAAAAUCAGAAAAACAUGACUGUGGUUGUUCUCCAAAAUGCAAAGCAUUCUGCCAAUUGGAGGCUGACUAUAAGUCAUUCCAUGUGGAGGCGAGGGUUGCUAGGGCUGAGAUUGUCACAUGCUUGUGUUGCAUCUCAUUGGUUCCCAUGCACAGUAGCCAAAGAUACUAUCCUCAUUAAAAAGUAUGUUUUCAUUUAAAUCUUAAUGUGCUGUUGCUAAGUCAUUGCAUCGUCAAAACCCAGCCGCAUAUGGAACCGGGUGAUUUUGACAUCCAGACUGAAUCAAAUGAGAUCUGUCUUUGCACCAGAUGUUCAGUGAUAAACAGAUAAGAAGUUGUAUCUACACAAUGGUGUUCACUGAUACUCUCACAGAGGUUUGGGUUUCUGACAAGGAGUCCAACAGUUGCUCAAAGUAACCUUCAGAUACCGGAUUGCCCUUCUGUAGAGCUUUAAAACUUUCUUUGGGGUCACCUGUGGAUGCCAUCUUUGUGCCCCAAUCCAGUAAUCAACCAAAGAAAUUCUUGGUUGACUAAAAACCUAGGAUUUUUCAACAGAAAAUUGACUAAUCUGGAGUUAUCAUUACUUCAUAAUUUCCUUGAAGUAAUAAUCACCAUAUUAAUCAUUUUGCACUGCAGACACAGUAGUUCUUCUGCCUUAGCAUCUUGGUCUGAUUGCAUUUCCAUGAAGAAUUGAUCAUGAAUGUUCUUCCUUGAGCUGCGUCACCCCGCAGCAGUCCGUAAUGGACUGGCCUGAGGUCUCGCUGCAAAUAAGCGGCUGCUGGAAGAGAGUAGGUGAGUUGUGUUUAGUCUCUUUGCUACAGGAAUUAGAGUUAAAAAGAUGUUUGGUAGCUAGUACUAUGACUGGGAUGCUAUAUGUACUGUUGAUGAAGUUAGGUGCUGUUCUGAGCAUUAUUUGUGGCUAUAGAGUGGCGUUUUGGUUGAGGUUUGUGCGUGGCUCCUCAGACCGCUGUGUAUUGCUAUCAUGUGGUCAUUACUAAAGUUGGUAUGACUAGAGAAGCAAGUGGUCAGCAACAUUCAUCUCUUGAGGGGGUGUCUAACUCUGUGUUACGGUGUAUUUGACCCUAAAUUAAUUUUACCCCGGAAUAUCCCUUUAAUUAAAUCCAAGUAGACUGAUAAAAACUUAGUUUGAAACACAAACAGGAUCAGGUAAAGAAGACCAUGUUUUCAGCCAACUCACAGGCUACAUGUCAUUGAAACAAGGUACCUACGGUGGAAAAGUUAAGCUUGGAACAGCUUCGCUUACUGUUGUGUGAAAUCAAGGACUCUCUGUUGCCUAAAUAGCAUCAUGUAGUAAAUCUAUCAUGUUGUAAGUAUAAUCUGUUGUGUUUGGAGGAGUCAGUGAGUGGCAGCUUGUUAUUUACUGUAAAAAAUUUGUCAUCAUAAAAUAGUCAUGUUUUUGGAAGAUGUCACAAGGCAUCGCUGAGAUAAUAUUUAGCCAGGUGCCGACUGUAGAUUGGAGACGUUUAUACUGCUGAGUGCUUUAUGGAAUCCAUACCCCCUCCUCAGUGGGGCCCUCCUUGGGAUCAGAGUAGCAACACAGAGGCCUGCCUGCACAAUGUCCCCCUGAGAAACAGAAGGAGAGCAAUGAGACGAAAGAGGACACAAAGAUGGAGGGAGCGGAGAGAAAGUGAAUUCCUUUUAAAGACAAAUCUCUUGGUCUGUGACAAUGACAGUUACAUCCAAUACCCUUCAAGGCUGCUAUUAUCAAACAGUCUGUAAGAGAAAUAAUCACAUUUUAGGCCCUAAAGUGCCCCACGCCAAAGUGAGGUAGAACUAAAGGCUUCUGCUGAAUUCCUGCCUUUGGAAUUUGGAUUCCUGUGUUAGGAAACAUAUGCUUCGUAUACGUGCUUGGCCUGGGCCCAUGCACUGCUUUAUUUUUCUAAACCAGACACCUAUCGGCAUGUAACAAAACUGUGGUCAAAUAGAGGAGGGGCCUUAGCAGUGUGCAUACCCCACCCUGCCUCCACUGCUGACAACAGGCGUAACGCCUUACCCCAUGUGUUCAUUUCCCCUGUAUGUGUUGCAGAAAGUGAGAGAGGCUGUGAUAUUCAGCGAAGAGAAUAUUAGGAUUUAGACCCUACUUGAUGGCCACCUCAGUGGCUUGGGUUACCUCUACUCACUCUCCCCACCCCACUUCACUCCUUUUUUCCACAUGAACAGGAAAACUCUGCCUCUCCCUCCCUCUGAGUGGUGGUGUGUAACUAUGUGCCUAUGAGGGAGAGGUGGGUUGAGCUGGAUCUGCUCGGCCUUGGGAAAACCGCAUGCAAGUGUGCGCUCGGCCUCCGACAUGCUUCCCAAAGAGACACACAUCAGGGAUGUUAACUGCCCCUCAUAAAAUUUUCAACCCGCUCUCAUCUCCACCACCAUCUCUCUCUCUCUCUCUCUCUCUCCCUCUGUUUCUUCAUGUCCUGUUUUUCUAAGGUUGCACCAAGUCAGGCUCUCUUUCUUUUGUUCUUCCUUUUUCAAAUGUGCAAACAUGUCAGUGGUAAUUCAUGUUGAUAGCAGCCUUUUGUCCAAAUAUUUCCACUGUAACUUUAACCAAGAAAUCAAUGGUAAAUCCUUUUAAUCGAGAUGUUUGCUGAGGUGGCCACAAAGUCCUGCUUUGCUUGGCUAGUUGGCAACGACCUGUUUAAACAUCCGCCCCUUUCUCUGUUUAGAGUGGAGUUUUGGAUUUAACCCCUCGCUCCGCCAGUCAUCACACCUGAUGGGAACAGAUAGCUGAAUCUGCUUAAGCUGUCAGUUGGAGUUGGUCUUGGCUACAGGAGCAGCAUAUGUAGGUGGUGUGUAUGUGUAAUGGAUCUACAGUGUGUCAGUGUGUGUUUUCUUAGCGUGUGUGUCUUUUUGGUGCAGAAUGUGUGCCGGGGUUGUGUGUGUCAUCUUGAUGUACUACGGUUAUGUGGGUAAAAGUUACUGAGGGUAAAAGUUUUCAGAAAUGCUUUACGCUGGAUACAAAGAAAUCUUAGUGACAGAAGUGUGACACAGGCCAGUGGCAUGUCUUGUUUGUUAAAAUACCCACAAGCACCCUCUCCAUGCCAGACUUGAUUCUGCUUUGCCUUUGCUGUAACAUAUAUCCCUGAUCUGGUCCUCCUCCUUUUUUGGACGGUAACUACACAUAUGUAAAAAGAGCUUGAUUGUUUAGAACUAGUUUAUAACAGAACCGUACUUCUCAGUUUAUAAUCAUUUUAAGGCUAAAGCUCAUUAAAACAUCAACAUUAAAAAUGUUCUUCAUCACAAUUUAAGGUUCAUCUGUUUUGUAAAUAUACAAACCAAUGGCUGACAACACAUCAGCUUCUCCCUCUGCUUUAUCCUAUAUGUUUCAUUCAUCACCUCAAUGUAACCCUGCAUACUGUUUGACAUAAAUCACAACCUUUCCACUUAUUUACCACGCUCAACUAGAAUCUGUCUUUUUCACACACACACACACACACAUGCACGCGCAAAUACACUCACAAACACACAUGUACAUCAUGCAAUCUGUUCCCAUCUGCAGGCCGUCGCAGCCCCCAGAUGUUCCCUCUCAGGGUGAUCUCCAGGAUUUGGGGAGUGUUUUGAAGUGUCGGGCCAAUGACGCGCAGCAAAGCCCCGGAGAUUUCAGUGGCGGGUUCUGAAGGAGUAUUUGCUCUACCUGCUAAACUCCACCGAGCUGCUACUGACUGUGGUAACAAAAGUGACGAAAAGAGAGGAAAGUCACAUAAAUGUCAGCUUUAUUCUGUGGAAAUCCGUGCAGCAGAUAAUUCCUCUGAUCUGAAAUUGUUGCAGCCUGUAGACUUUAGAAAAUACAAAUUAAAUGUUGGAAACAUCUCUCA